AGAGGUAAACAGCUCGCCGAAACUUUCGUAAAAUGUAACUUUGCAUCCUUGGAUAGUUCGUGACGUCACACUUUCGUGUCUUGCUCUUUCGAAUGCACUUCUGAGCUGCCAGCCUGUAAACAUUAGCCAAAGCCUUCCUAGCUAACGUCAUCUCCAAGACGCCCCUGGGACAUCGGACAGCCAGGUCCGCAACACUCACAAACGGAGAAAAUCCUGUCGAAUCGACCACAAUCAACGCAUAACCCGCCUUAAUCCCAAUAUCUCCGAUUGUGCCAUUAUGUUGGUUCCUAUAUUCACCCUGAAACUCAACCAUAAAAUAAAUCCACGUAUGGUUACUGUGGGCAAGUUCGAUGGAGUUCAUCCAUGUCUCGCUGCAGCUACACAAGCAGGGAAGGUUUUCAUCCAUAACCCUCAUACACGCGGCCAGAGGCAGGCAGCUCAUCGACUGAGUCAGAGUACCCAAGAUUCAGACAUCUCAUUACUCAACAUUAACCAGGCAGUGAGCUGCCUCACUGCAGGCAGACUGGGUCCCAACACCACUGGAGACACACUGCUGGUCGGCUCCCAGACCAACCUGCUGGCGUACGAUGUGCACGACAACACUGACAUCUUCUACAGGGAGGUUGCAGAUGGAGCCAAUGCCAUUGUCUUAGGAAAACUGGGAGACAUUCAGUCGCCACUGGCUAUCAUUGGGGGAAACUGUGCCCUGCAAGGGUUCAACUAUGAGGGAAACGACCAGUUCUGGACGGUCACUGGAGAUAAUGUCAGGUCAUUGGUACUCUGUGACUUUACCGGUGAUGGAAAGAAUGAGCUUCUUGUUGGAUCAGAAGACUUUGAUAUCAGAGUCUUCCGAGAAGAUGAGCUAGUGUCUGAGAUGGCGGAAAAUGAGACAGUCACAUCACUGUGUCAUAUGCACGGCAGCAGAUUUGGAUAUGCUUUAGCCAAUGGCACAGUAGGAGUUUAUGACCGUACUGCCCGCUACUGGAGAAUCAAGUCUAAAAACCAUGCAAUGAGUAUUCAUGCCUUUGACCUCAACGCUGAUGGGGUGGUUGAACUCAUAACUGGCUGGUCCAAUGGAAAGAUCGAUGCCCGCAGUGACCGCACAGGAGAGGUCAUCUUCAAGGAUAACUUCUCCUCGUCUGUUGCUGGAGUGGUAGAGGGGGACUAUCGCAUGGAUGGACAGGUUCAGCUCAUCUGUACCUCUGUGGAGGGUGAAGUGCGUGGCUACCUGCCAGCCAGCAAAGAGAUGAAGGGGAACCUUAUGGACACUAGCGUGGAGCAGGACCUUAUCCGAGAGCUUAGCCAGCGCAAGCAGAACCUGUUACUGGAGCUUCGGAACUACGAGGAGAACGCCAAGGCUGCUCCAGGAGCUUCAGAAGGAGAUAUGCAAAUGGGAGUAAUACCAGCCAACACCCAGCUGCAGACGGCCCUGUCUGUGCGAGCAGCCACAGAGAGUCAGAGAGCACAUAUUGAGCUCAGUAUCUCCACCCCAAAUGAAACCAUCAUUCGAGCUGUGCUGAUCUUUGCUGAGGGCAUAUUCGAAGGCGAGAGUCAUGUGGUGCAUCCUAGCGCCCAAAAUCUGUCUGGCUGUGUACGCGUCCCUAUUAUUCCUCCAAAAGACAUCCCCGUGGAUCUCCACAUCAAAGCCUUCGUGGGCGGGAAGAGCAGUACGCAGUUCCAUGUGUUUGAGAUCACUCGUCAGCUGCCCCGUUUUUCGAUGUACGACCUGAACGUUGACCCUUUGUCUCCAAAACCCACAGGACGAGUAACCUUCACUAUCAACGACAGGCCCCAGAGAGUGGUGAUGUGGUUGAACCAGAACUUUUUACUACCUGAGGGCAUCAACAGUCCAGAUGUGACAUUUACCUCACUGCGAGGAGGAGGUCUUCUCAUCAUCAACAUGCAGUCUAAUGGACAGAUCAGUUUGAGGACAGAUGACAUUGACCUGGCAGGAGAUCUGAUCCAAUCACUGGCUUCCUUUCUGGCCAUAGAAGACUUACAGGCUGAGGCAGACUUCCCCACCUACUUUGAAGAGCUUAGAGGCACCCUCACCGAGGUGGAUGAGUUUCACUCAGUGCAUCAGAAACUCACAGCUGCCAUGGCUGACCACUCCAACCACAUCAGGAACAUGCUGGUACAGGCCGAAGACGCCAGGCUUUUGGGAGACUUCAAGACUAUGAAGAAGCGGUACAUUGAGCUGUAUGACCUCAACAGAGAUCUGAUCAAUGAGUACAAGAUUCGCUCGAACAAUCACAACGCGCUCCUGGCCUGUCUGAAGUCUGUAAAUCAGGCUAUCCAGAGGGCAGGCCGACUGAGAGUGGGAAAGCCAAAGAACCAGGUCAUCAGUGCCUGCAGGGAUGCAAUCAAGAACAACAACAUAAACGCUCUGUUCAAAAUCAUGAGAGCAGGAGCGCCUUCCUCCUGAGAGAGGCUCCGCUCUGCUCACUUCAAAUCCCCCUCGGGCUGAAAAGCUCUGAACCCUCUGAGACCAGACCACGUCCUUGGGGAAGCUGAAAGAAAUCAGGCUAAAUGGAGAGAGAGAGAGAGAGAAAGAAAAUUGUCAAAAUUGUUCUCUCUAAGCUACAGAAAAGCCUGCAACAGAGGUGACCCUCUGUCCAGUGAUCCAAGGGCUCCGUGUGGCAGCUAUCAUGUGUAGCGUGAAUGAGAUGGCUAAUUUAAAUCACAGUAAAGUCAUAAAUGUGGUAGCCAAAGAUAUGUAAAGGUAUGUGUUUACCAGAAAACA